ACGUGUACACUGGACAAAUUACAACACGACCAUCAAGACUGCUUUUAACAACAGAGGAGUUUUUUUUUAUUUUAUUUUGGCUUUUGUGCAGCUGGUGGUCCGGACCGCCGGUUGAUGGCGAAACAUGUACGCUACAUUAAAAAAAUGUUUGUAAGGAAAAUCUUUCGUUUUAAUUUGUUUGACAUUACUGUUAAAUAUUACAGUUUGUGUUUCUGGAACAAACUGCUCCUUACUUUCACUUUUACAUCAAUGUAGAAUGUUUCAUUUCGAAAGGUAUCCGUUAUAAUCAGUACACCGCACCGCCUGUAGCUUCGGGUACAGCGCACGUUCAUCGGGGCGUCGUUUCCACAGACUCGCGCACACGUGACGACGUUUAUUUCCGUCCGGAGUCGGAUUCACGUGGGCCGAGAUCUCGUAUCGAGGACGGGAGAGAUGGAGCACUCCGUAAGAGGUUCUUCUCCAGCACAUCCACAAAGACGGUUAAGGUCAGGGGUCUGUGGUGGCCAAGUCCGUUCAUAUGUGAAAAUGAUUCCUCAAGCUCCCUGAUCCACUCUUUCAUCCGGGAAGGAAAGAAAUCCGUUGAUGGGGGUAACCUGGCCAUCCGGUACACACGGGUGACUUCAUUUUAUCGCCGCAUGAUGUUGCCGAGCCUCGACCUGACCAACUGGAGCAACCCCGGGUCAUAACACUUAAACUUCAACUUAAAGCGCACCUAUUAUAGCUUUUCAGAUAUUCCCUUUCAUGUAGUGUGUUACAUAUGUAGCUGUUUGUGAAUGUAAGAAGUCUGCAAAGUUUUAAAAAUCGGAGCGCGGGACAAACCGUUCUCGACUCUCAAAAGAAGGAAUCGAUUCUGAACAGCUGAAUCGAGUCGUUAGCGAUUCCAGACUUUACGUCCUGUACUAACCUACGUAGGUUUCUAACACAAAGCCCCGCCCCCGGUCUUCAUCGCCUGCUCGCUGACAGACGGAGCUGAAACCCCUUACGGUAGUGGGCGUUUCCUUUUUGAAACACGCUCGACAGACUGACCAAUCAGAGCAGAGUAUGCUCUCUGAAAGGAGGAGUGUAGAACGAAUCCUUAAGAACGGAUCAUUUGAGUCGUUUGUGACACUGUGGGGAAAAAACGUAACGCUGCAGUUUAAACGAUGAGCACGUUAAAUUAAAGUGUUUUUUGACCUCGGAUGCGUGUAAAUCUAUCGUAUCAGACCUUUAAAACAAAACUAGGCGCGAUUCAAAUCCAUAAUAAUAACGCUCUCGCUUAAAUUCACACGUCUUCCGAGUAGCCGGCCUGUUUAAGACGCGGUGACCUUUAAUCAUAAUAAAAUAAACACAUGAAUGAAUAAAUCAAGCAGUGAAUAGGAGUCCAUUUAAUUGUCUGAAUAUUUUAGCCAACAGUGCAGCUAACAGGUUGCUAAAGUAGACCUUGUGAAACCUGGACCCUUCCUCCAGCCCGAUUGGUGGCGCUACUGAGCGCAAUAGCGGGUUCACCGGCCACAGAAACGCGCUAAAGGAGUAGAAGAAGAAGCAGCAGCAGAGGCUCUCCAGGGCGACUUGUGGGUCUGAGUCGACUUUCUCAGGUUCAGCAUCACGUGUUCACUUCGCAUGAAGUGUGCCGGUGUGGAGAAGAUUCUGGAGGAGCUUUCGCGUGUGUUUGGAUGUGUUUAUAAUGGAUCCAGAUCCACUAGAACCCAGGAGCAGUGCAUGCACACCUGGUCCUGAGCACUCACAGCGUUGUGAGGAUGUGACGCCCCCUGUGGACGACGAGCACGGAGGAUUCCAGAAUAAACCUGUAAAAAAGGAGGAGCCUGAUGAUCAAGACUGUCUUUACUGUGAGCACUGCAGAACCGUCUUCACCAACGAGUGUAACGUUCAUGGCCCGGCCGUCUUCGUCCCCGAUUCCCCAGUUCCCAUGGGGGUCGCCGACCGAGCCGUACGAACCCUUCCUCCUUGUCUAGAAGUUCGAGAGUCCGGCAUUCCUGAUGCCGGCCUGGGAGUGUUUAAUAAAGGAGAGAUUAUUCCAAUAGGUGUGCACUUCGGACCCUACGAGGGAGAAGUUAUGGACAGCGAGUACUCUGUGGUGAUCGGCAAGAGAAAGCAGCGCGGGGAAUACGCCGGUGCCCGAAGAGACAAAACCGGUAACUGGAUGAGGCACGUGAACUGCGCCCGUAGUGACGCUGAGCGGAAUCUGGUGGCUUUCCCGUAUCGAGGCGGGAUUCUGUACCGUUCCUGUCGACCCAUUAAACCGGGACAGGAGCUCUUGCUGUCGUACGGAGAGGAGUACGCUGAAGAUCUCGGCUUCCUCGAUGACAAAACGUGCACGGACGACGGAAUGAACGGCGCUCUGCAAGUCCUCUCUUGCUCCUUGUGCUCGCUUUCGUAUGCCUCUCAAGUCGAUCUCCACAGACACGUUACGAGAUGCCACUGUGCGGAAUAUGACGGCCCGCGGAAGUCAGAAGAGAUUAAGGACGAGAACGUAAUACCGGCACGAAGCCCCAGUAGCCCGUGUUGCGAGAACCGUGAGCCGCCCGCUAACACGGUUCCCAGACGAGCGCAGGAAAAAACUCACCGCUGUUCAGACUGCGGAAGAAGUUUUCCCCAGCGGCGGCGUCUCGAGGAACACCGGCGCGUUCACACGGGAGAGAAGCCGUAUCCGUGCUCGGAGUGCGGGAAGAGUUUUACUCAGCGGAGUUCUCUCCAGCAGCACCAGCGCGCUCACACCGGAGAGAAGCCGUAUCCGUGCGCCGAGUGCGGGAAGAGCUUCACCAGGCGGAGCCAUCUCCAGCAGCACCAGCGCGCUCACACGGGGGAGAAGCCGUACCGGUGCGGCGAGUGCGGGAAGAGUUUCAACCGAGGGAGUUGUCUCCAACAGCACCGGCGUGUCCACACGGGAGAGAGACCGUUUCGCUGUUCUCACUGCGGGAAGAGUUUUUUCCGAGGGAGUCACCUCCAAGAACACCAGCGCGUUCACACCGGAGAGAGACCGUUUCAGUGCUCGCAGUGCGGGAAGACUUUUACUUACCACAGUACUCUCCAGGAACACCAGCGCGUCCACACGGGAGAGAAACCGUAUCGCUGCGCGGACUGCGGGAAGAGCUUCAGUCACUACAGUUCCUUCCAGAAGCACCGGCGCAUCCACACGGGAGAGAAGCCGUACCGGUGCGCGGACUGCGGGAAGAGUUUCAAUCAGGAGGGAAUUCUCAAGCACCAUCGGCGCGUGCACACCGGGGAGAAGCCGUAUCGGUGCUUGGCGUGCGGGAAGAGCUUCACCAGGCAGAGUCAUCUCCAGCAACACCGACACGUCCACACGGGGGAGAAGCCGUACCGCUGCACGCAGUGCGCCAAGAGUUUUACUCACAGCAGCUCUCUCCAGCAGCACCGGCGCGUCCACACGGGCGAGAAGCCGUACCGGUGCUCGGAGUGCGGGAAGAGCUUCACCAAACACAGUCACUUCAAAGUGCACCAGCGCGUCCACACCGGGGAGAAGCCGUAUCCGUGCUUGGCGUGCGGGAAGAGCUUCACCAGACAGAGCCAUCUCAAACAGCACCAGCGCGUCCACACGGGCGAGAAGCCGUACCGCUGCACGCAGUGCCAGAAGAGUUUCAGUCACAGCAGUACUCUCCAGGUUCACCAGCGCGUCCACACCGGAGAGAAGCCGUAUCCGUGCUCGCAGUGCGGACAGACAUUCGCCCGCUCGAGAAGGUUAAAUACGCACGCGUGCGGUGACACGAAGCCGGUGUGAGGCGCGUCUGUUCAUAGAGAAUCAUGUUUAUCGAUAUUGUUCGUUUCUUAUUGAUCACGUGUACAUCACAGCACAGUGGAAUUCUUUUCUUCGCACACCCCAGCAUGUCAGGAGGUCGGGGUCAGAGCGCAGGUUCCGCCGUGAUACGGCGCCCCCUGGAGCGCAGUGGGUUAAGGGCCUUGCUCAAGGGCCCAACAGUGGGAGCUUGGCAGUUCUGCGGCUUGAACCCCCGACCUUCCGACCAGUUCAUCAUGGUACUUGAACUGACAGAUCUUUCAUUGUCUCUAGAUAUCAUUGACGUUAUAAAUAAUUUAUAUAUAUAUAUAUAUAUAUUUCCCAGAGGGAGUCUGAGCAGGUCCUGUAGGUCGUAUUCUGAUAUUUCACAAAGCAAUCUUCAGGAUCUGGUUGUUGACGUGGUCCGAGAAAAUUUAGUAUGAGCACGAACAGUAGUGGACGCAGAACUGACCCCUGAGGGACGCCAGUAUUAAAGCUGUGAGUUAAGGAGUUUUAUGCUUCGGUAUAAAUGGCUGGCUGAUCCACAACCCCUUCUAGGACCUACCAAAGAGGCACGAGGUGCUUGGUCCUGGUUUUCCAUUGAUGCCAGGCCUGCCUCUGAAGUACUUUACAUGCUGCUGGCCAUCCAUGCUGAAUGGAGGCUGGGGUUGAUGGGCAUUGGUUCAGCACUGGGGCUGCAUGCACGUGUGCAGUGGACCUUUAAAAAGGUUCGCACUGGCUUUACAGUGGACAUUUUGAGAACUCGUUAUUAAGACAUGACUUUACGCUAUCUGAGAACUACGUUUGAUGUUAAAAGUGAAGCGUGGACGUCCAGGGGAAUUCCCUGUAGGCGAGACAGAAAAUGCCCUGCACCUGUACCUGCAACGCAACCCUGCAAAGCUACAAGCAGCAUCUAAUCAGAAAUACAUCGAUUUUGUUUAAUGUUCCACUGGUGCGACUUUUCAGUCAUCUACACCCACCUCCAAAUGGUACCGGUGGUCUUUCUGUCAGUAAACGUAUGGUAAGAAAAGCUGUAGAGGGAAAAAAAUAUAUUCUGAACUGUAUUUAUAUUAAAGGGAAGACAUGGAUGAUUUGUUUAUUCUGUAGGAAGUGAAGUUUUCAUUCAGAAGUCAGAAAACGGUUCCAAAUGGUGGCGCACUGGUGGAAGAAGUGUGACGAUGCUCUCUUUGUAUUUUACCAUAUUAUCACUGUUCAUGUAUGAUGAUUUUUAUUAUUGUUAUUAUUGUUGCCUCUUCUUCUUCUCCUCCUCCUCCUCCUUCUUCUUCUCCUCCUCCUCCUCCUUCUUCUUCUUCUUCUCUUUCUCCUCCUCCUUCUUCUUCUUCUUAUCCUAUUAUUUACGAGCACUGCUCCAUAAUGGCCACCAGGGGGAGGGAGAGGCGAGAGCAACACAUUCAUCAGCACUUUUAUGUGUUGUAUAUAAUUUGAUAUGUAUUGUAUAUUAUUUGAUAUGUGUUGUAUAUUAUUUGAUGUGUUGUAUAUUAUUUGAUAUGUCUUGUAUAUUAUUUGAUAUGUCUUGUAUAUUAUUUGAUAUGUCUUGUAUAUUAUUUGAUAUGUAUGCACAGAAAUGAGUAUUUUAGUUUUCUAUAGAUUUAAAUUGGACAUGUCCUUUGAUAAGCUGUUGCAUGCCUCUUAUACCCGGCUACAGCCAUGCUUACAUCUAGACUCCUGCAACAUUCUCAUGCACUGACCUCCUGGAGCUGUGUUUUCCUCUGUACGAGAACAUUAUCUCAUUCUAAACUCAUUACAGUCCUGUCCUAUCCACAGUGUAGUGUCGACCAGACGAGUCUGCUCCGUCUAGAUUAUCUCUGUGGCCUGCAUUUGUGUUUUAUUGCUUGAUAUAUUCCACAUCAGUAUUAGACUGAACACCAUCUCUUCAAACCUGUUCAAUAAAUUCACAUUAAAAAAAACAAGCAAAAAAAAACAAC